GAAAAAAUUCAUUUCUCCCAACCUCCUCGACUCCACCUUCUUUUCUCUAAAUCAAGAUCUUGCACACAGCGCAGAAUAAAACAGAAAUGGGCAAGACGGAUCUUACUCCGCUGGGAAAACCGCGGACGACACUUACCUUUGCGAGCCCGGUGUUUUGCACGGCCGCGCAUCCGUCCGAGGCGGUCGUUGCUACUGGUUUGGGAACAGGGCAUGUCUUUGUCCAUCGCUACGCCGAGGACGAUGAGGAUGAUCGUAGCGACAUGAGCGACGAUAGUGAUUCUGAGGAGGAAGCCAAGCCGGGGAUUAAGAUCAACGAAAAAGUUCUGUGGAAAACUAGACGGCACAAGGGAAGUUGUCGCGCAGUAGCCUUUGACGAACUCGGACAAUACAUCUACACCGCCGGCUCCGACUCGGUGCUCAAACAAGCCUCUCCAAUGACCGGCCAAGUCACCGCCAAAAACUCCUCCUCCCUCCCCGCGCCCCCGACCGCGCUCACGACGACGCAGACGCACGUCGCGCUCGGGACCGAGACCGGCACGAUCCAGUUCUACGACCCGCGCUCGCUCUCGAAACCGUCUCAUGAAUUCAAAGACGUGCACGAGGACUACGUCACCAGCAUCACGCAGCUUGCGCAGUAUCAGAACACGUACCAGUUCAUUUCAACCGCCGAGACGUUCGUGGCGAGGAUCGAUAUCAGAAAAGGCGUGUUGAGCAUGAGCGAAGAUCAAGAAGACGAAAUCCUCUGCUCGUGCGUUUCCUACCCUUCCAACUUUGACUACGAACCGCGCAACGUCCAGAAACCCACACAAUCAACAGUCCUGCAACCCAACACCCCCUCCGCAGAGAUCAAGCGCGUGCAAGUCACCGCCGUGAUGGGCAUGGCCACCGGCGUCCUCACGUUCUGGGAAAAAGACAACUGGACGGACCAGCAAAACCGCGCGAUCCUCUCGACUGAGAGCGUCGACUGCAUAGCCGAGUAUCCCGGCGAAAAAGUACUCGCCGGCGCCGCGGACGGGUUCAUGCGCCUGGUCGACGUGCGCAAACGUAAGACGAUCAAGGUGUUUUCGCACGCGGCGGAUGAUGCUGUCGUCGGUGUCGCGUGCGAUGCGUGGGGGCGCGCGAUCUCGGCGGGCGAGGAGACGGUGAAGAUAUGGAACGUGGAGGAGGCGUCGAAGCCAGAAGUUGAUAGCGAUGACGAGAAGGACUCUGAUGACGACGCGAAGGAUUCUGAUGACGAUGACUCGGAUAGCGAGGACGAGAAGCGCAGGAAAAAGAAGGGAAAGAAGAGAAAACAUGGAAAGUCGAAGCAGCGCGUUGCGCAGCUCUACGCAAAGAAGAAGAGCUUCAAGGCUGAUUUCUCGGGUCUUGAUUAGCUCUGUACAGUAAUAGCUUGAUUAUAUAUUAUUAUAGAUUAGAUUGUAGUUAAUACCAAUUCAACGCCGAAAUGCAUGCCAUAGAAUAUCAUCCGUAAACUCCUCCACCUUUUCCUCCACCGCCCGCUCCUCCUCCUCUUCCUCCUCCUCCGCCUCCACAUUCUUCGCUUCAUCCUCGAGAUCGCUG